AUGGCCGUCGCGCGCAACAUGCGGCGUACGAGUCCAAUAACCAUAGUCUUAGCCUCGCUAAUGGCAUUCGGCUUCCUGUGCUUCCUGUUCUCCUCCCCGUCACCUCCGGUCUCGACCUCUUCCACAACAUCAGAUUCCCGGCUCGAAGAUACAGCGGAACACCCUCUCUCGCCUCCAACGAAGCCAUUCAUACCCCAACCAGUCCAAAAUGACGGCCGCCAUGUCCAGGCUCCUCCCGUCGUUAAGUACGACCUAAACGCCCUCACGGCCAGCAGCGACGCAUCUAACAAAGCCGAACGCAUCCUCAUCCUCACACCUCUCGCCCGCUUCUACCAAGGCUACUGGGACAACGUCGAAAAAUUGAGCUACCCACACAAGCUCAUCUCAUUGGGGUUCAUAAUCCCACAUACAAAAGACGGCGACGCCGCCCUCUCAUCCCUUGAGAAGGCCAUUGCAAGGACCCAGACCGGGACGGAACAGAACCGCUUCGCAUCAAUCACAAUACUUCGUCAGGACUUCGACCCGCCAUUAGCUUCACAGAGCGAGAAGGAGCGCCAUAAACUUAAGAACCAAAAGGCCCGCCGCGAGAGCAUGUCCCGCGCCCGCAACAGCCUCAUGUUCACCACCCUCGGCCCCAGCACCUCCUGGGUUCUCUGGCUGGAUUCGGACAUCGUCGAAACACCUAAUACUCUAAUUCAGGACCUAACUAGUCACAAUCGUCCCGUCAUCGUCCCCAACUGCAUGCAGCGCUACUACAACACCGACACUAAGCAAAACGACAUCCGCCCCUACGACUUCAACUCAUGGAUCGACUCGUCCACUGCGCAAGCGCUCGGUGAUACAUUGAAGCCUGAUGAGAUUCUGUUGGAGGGGUACGCGGAACUCCCGACGUACCGCACCCUCAUGGCAUAUCAGGCAGAUACGAAGAACCCGCGCCCGAAGCGCGUUAUUGAUCUCGACGGUGUCGGGGGAACAGCGCUGAUGGUUAAGGCGGAUGUUCAUCGUGACGGGGCCAUGUUCCCCGCUUUUCCAUUCUACCAUCUCGUUGAGACGGAGGGUUUCGCAAAGAUGGCGAAGAGGUUGGGGUAUAGUGUGCAUGGGUUGCCGGAUUAUUUUGUAUGA